GCUCUCCACUCCUCUCCUCCUCACUCCGGCCGGAGCAGACAGACCUCCUCAGCAUCAUGACUGCCCUAAUGACCUCCAUGUCCACCCGCUCCUCCAUGGGCGGCUUCAGCAGCGGCUUUGGUGGCAGCUUGGGCAUGGCCAGAGCCGGCAGCGCCUUCAGCGUGGCAGGCGGCGCAGGUAACCUCAGGAUCUCCCAGGCCAGCAAGACCUUCUCUGCAGGCGGCGGCGGCUUCGGAGGUGCUGGUUUCGGCGCCGGUGCCGGUUUCGGCGGCGGUGCUGCUUUCGGUGCCGGUGGUGGUGCUGCGUUCGGCGGCGGAAUGGUGGCGGAUGACAGCCUCAUUGGCAACGAGAAGUUCACCAUGCAGAACCUGAACGACCGUCUGGCCACCUACCUGGCCAAGGUGGCAGCUCUGGAGAAGGCCAACGCCGAGCUGGAGCUGAAGAUCAGGCAGUUUGUGGAGUCCAAGGUCGGCCCCUCCACCAAAGACUACAGCGCCUUCUACGUCACCAUUGCAGAGCUCCAGGGCAAGAUUCAGGAUGGAAUCAUCGCCAAAGGACAGAUUAUUCUGAGCAUCGACAACGCACGCCUGGCUCAGGACGACUUCAGGAUGAAGUAUGAGAACGAGCUGUCCAUGCGUCAGUCGGUGGAGGCCGACAUUGCCGGGCUGAAGAUGAUGCUGAACGAGUUGGCACUGGCCAAGAACGACCUGACCAUGCAGAUCGACGGUCUGCAGGACGAACUGGUCGCCCUGAAGAAGAACCACGAGGAGGACAUGAUGUCCAUGCGCGCUCAGAUGACCGGCCAGGUGAACGUGGAGGUGGACGCUGCCCCCCAGAUCGAUCUGACCACCGUCUUGGCUCAAGUCAGAGAAGAGUACGAGGCCGUUGCCGCCAAGAACCAGAGGGAACUGGACAACUGGUACCAGAACAAGUCAGAAAACAUCAGACAGGAAGUAGCGACCACACAGGAGACCCUGGUCAAGUCCACGUCAGAGGUCAAGGAGGUCAAGUCUCAGCUCCAGGCCCUGCAGAUCGAGUACCAGUCACAGAUGAGCAUGAAAGCAUCUCUUGAAGCCAGUCUGGCUGAAAUCCAGAACGGUUUCGCCAUGAAGAUGAGCGGCUUCCAGAUGCAGGUGUCCAACCUGGAGGGCUGUCUGGCCAACCUCAGAGCAGACCUGGAGAGACAGGCACAGGAGUACCAGAUGCUGCUGGACAUCAAGACCAGGCUGGAGAUGGAGAUCGCCGAGUACAGGAGGCUGAUGGACGGAGAGGCCGCUGGGUCUUUGUCCAUGUCCUCCUCCACCACCACCAAGAAGGUCAUUGUGAUUGAGGAGACCAUCAACACCGAGGCCUAAACCCAAACCCACGUCUGUCUGAACCGGAGCCGAGUCGACCGAUCCCCUUCCAGCUGGUCGGAAACGCCAACACCCGCCUCCGACCAGUGCCGUUCCUCUUUUUGAUUGGACGCUCUCCUUCCGCUCUGAUUUCCCAUCAGCCCCAGGGCGGUCGACUCUGGAGGAGAACACUUCAACUUUCCUUGACAUAUGAACAUGGUCUGGCUUUGGUUUUCAACUCUGCCAAAAACAAACUUCUGUUGGGUGUUUCAAGGAAUAAAACUUUACAAAACCGUGAAAAAAAAAA